GGCAGCAAGACGGUGGACUCAGAGUUACAGUCCCAGAUUGAACAACUUCGCGACACACAGAGGAAGUAUGCUAACGUUCUUCGGCUGGCCCAGUCUCUGAGCACCCACUUUUACCAUGUAGUACAAACACAGCAUGCCCUUGCUGAGUCUUUCUCUGACCUAGCUCACAAGUCCCCAGAAUUACAGGAAGAGUUUCUCUAUAACUCUGAAACACAAAGGAACUUGGGAAAGAAUGGGGACACUCUCCUGGGAGCUCUAAAUUUCUUUGUUUCUUGCCUAAAUACACUCUGCAAUAAGACAGUAGAGGACACUCUACUCACCGUGAAGCUGUAUGAAAAUGCAAGAUUGGAAUUUGAUGCUUACAGAAGCGACAUGGAAGAAAUGAUACAAAGUACACGAGGAGAUGCAGCAUCUUCAAAACUAGAGGAGGCAAAAAGAAAUUUCUCCUCACACAAAGAGAAAUAUGAAAAACUAAGAUCUGAUGUAAUUGUAAAGAUGAAGUUUUUAGAAGAGAAUAAGGUAUGUGACUCCUUGCACAUCUAUAAUAACAUAAGAUCUGACAUGAUUGUAAAGAUGAAGUUUUUAGAAGAGAAUAAGGUAUACGACUCCUUGAACAUCUAUAAUAACAUAAGAUCUGACGUGAUUGUAAAGAUGAAGUUUUUAGAAGAGAAUAAG